GUAGGAUAGCAAGCAUUCUUAACGCUCAGAUUUAGCUUUUCUAAUCCAUAUGCAGGUUAAUUAAGGCUUUAAGAUAUCUGCACAUGUAUGAGGACCUGGUGAACAUGAACUGCACAUAGGAACUUCAGUCAAAACCAUAUAUAUGUCAACGCGACUUAACUGACUUGACUCGCAGACCAUGUUAAACUAGGGAAAAGCUGAACCCAACUUGAACGUUGCUUGUUCCGCGAGUUGAAUAAAACUUGGUGGGGCGUCAUCCCGUGCGCAACCUUGGUUUGGAAUGAAAUUCACGUAAGCAUUUGCGUUUGUAACUUUUCCUCCGCGCCCUGCGGCGCUUUCUUUCCUUCCCCAUCCACGUCACCAUCUUCUCUAUCCGCAGAGGUCAAGAUGCCGGCGAGACAGCCACCUGCCCAGGCGGGCGGCGAUAGCGACGGUCAAACCAGCCUCAUCAAGACAGUUGUUCAGUCCGUCGGUAUCUUCUUCCUUGUCCAGUUUGCUAUGAAGCAAUUUCUACCCCAGCCGCAAUCAGUCUCGUCGCUACCGUCUGGCCCCGGCGGCUCAUCCGUCAUCUCCGGUCCCAUCCCCGCCUUCACCAACCGGCCCACGCAUGUCAGCCAAAACACGCCAUAUAAUCCGAUCCCGCAGCAUAUUGCGCCCAUCUGGCCUGUCGAUGGAACCCUGCUCGACCUAAGUGUCUACGUGACUCCAUCCGUGGUGCUGCCUAGCUUGAAGAGCCUGCCCAUGGAGAGCUUGGUGCUUGAGGAAAAAGCUUUUCGGUAUGGCGACUGGAAUGACACAAGGGAGAUUAGUGCUACGUUCCCUGUCCCGAAGGAGGCGCAAAACAACGGUACUCUGUGGGCGCAUUUUCUUGUUGCCCUGUCUGGGAACUCUCUGGACCCGUCAAGUCCGGGCUAUGACACCAGCAAAGCAUAUCACUUUGCACGGCCGCUCACACAGUAUCUGGCCAAGAAAAAAGUCAUUAGGAAGCACAACCUCCUUUCCGGCGCCAAUGAAACCACUCUGACGCGUGAAGAGGAGGCGGAGAUGAAAGCUGGACCCGUGCUUGUGCCGUAUUACCAUCCGAACUUUACUCUGUCUUUUAUCCCGGACACCGGCACGGUCUCGUAUCCUAAUCUUCAUCCCGCUAUUCGCUCCUUCGUCCAGCUUGAGCGCACCGGCGCUCGUGAUUCUAGCGGCCAGAAUGGCUGGUACUAUCCGAUUCUGUACCUGAAUACGUUCUGGCAGCUCCGCUCACAUAUGACCGAGGUCAACACUACGAUCAAGGAGCUUCCCAUCAACAUCGAACUUAACAACAUGGGGAAUUGGAAGUUCAGCAUCCUUGCUUCGAUUGAUGAUGGCAUGAAGCUAAAUGCUCAAAAGGCCGCACGCGGGGAGACCCUCCCAGGAGGAGGCGACGGCUCGGAAUUCGAAAUGUUCAAAGAGAUCCUUCUCGACUCCAACAUCUAUCUGCUGUCCUUGACGGGAAUCGUUUCCGUGUUGCACAUGGUCUUCGAGAUGCUCGCCUUCAAGAACGACGUGUCUCACUGGCGCAAGAAGAAGGACAAUGUCGGCACAUCUGUUCGCACCAUCCUCGCCAACAUCAUCAUGCAGACUAUUAUCUUCCUGUACUUGAUUGACAACAAUGAGAAUACAAGCUGGAUGAUUCUGUUCGGUCAGGUUAUGGGUAUUGCAAUCGAGGCUUGGAAGAUCACGAAGACAGUCAAUGUCCGCAUCAGGCCCACGCCCCGAGGCAGCAGCUGGCCUCUGCCUUACACGAUCGCAUUUGAAGACAAACACAAGCUUUCCGAUACGGAGAAAAAGACGGCGGAGUACGAUGCCAUUGCGUUCCGAUACAUGUAUAUGCUUGCCAUACCCCUACUGGCCGCGUAUGCCGUGUACUCUGUCAUAUAUGAGGAGCAUAAGUCUUGGUAUUCUUUCGUCAUCACAACGCUCGUCGGCUCCGUGUAUGCGUAUGGCUUCCUCAUGAUGGUACCCUCGCUCUACAUCAACUACCGCCUCAAGUCUGUUGCACACAUGCCUUCAAAAGCGAUGAUGUACAAGUUCCUGAAUACUUUCAUUGAUGACCUGUUUGCAUUCACCAUUAAGAUGCCAACUCUGCACAGACUCGCCACGCUGAGAGACGACGUCAUUUUUUUUGUGUACCUUUAUCAGAAGUGGGUCUACAAAGUUGAUUACAGCAGAGUCAAUGAGUUCGGCCAGGGGGGCGAGAGUGAUGACGAGAAGGAGGAAACAAAAGCAGGAAAGGAGGCCACUAAAGAAGACGUAAAGGCUUUAGAAGAUAAAGCGAAGUCAUCAGGUGUGCAGGCGAAGUAUAAGGCUGUAAGGAGGAAGUAAGUGGGUAAUAUGUUUGGGAUAACUAUCACGAUUGAGUAUUGCAGUCUGUAAUCUUUUUAAUUUUUUAUUUCCAACUAGUGAGCGAAAUGGAUAGACUCUGUUAUAUAAUUAUAAAUAAUAUUUGUUCCUGUCCGUACGUGGCAAUGUACGAUAUACCAAAAAGGGAGGAAUAAUGGUGCUAACCAAAUCUGGCAUAAAGAGCCCCUUAAUCUUAAGUCGUAUAUAAAGAAGAGGAGAAAUAGAAUGUAGAUUAGAUAGAUAAUUGAAAGUAG